AUGAGCGAAAGUUCUUCAGCUAGGGUUAGUGUAAAUGAACGAGAAUUAUAUGAACAAAUACUCGCGGACAAUUGUCAAUAUAUCGAAGAUAAACUUUCAGGAAAGUCUUAUAGAAAUUAUAUUUUUUCAGAUAAAUUCCACGAAGGUAAACAGAUAUUAUGGAACUGUCCACCAUUAAUUUCAGUUUGUGCAUACUGCAAAGCGAUAAAAUGUCUACAAAAAUUAAUAAGUAACGAUGCAGAUACCAGUAUUCUCGAUAAGAAUAAAAUGACUUUACAGAUGUUUGCUGUUGCAUCACGCAGCACAGAAGUAAUUACUCUACUAUCCACGAAAUUGAACUUCAACUUUGCCCUUCAUUACGCAGCUCAGUACGGAUACCCCGAAAUUGUUGAAUUUUUACUUGGCACAAUAAAAGUUGAUUCAUCUCGUCUCAACGAUGAAGGCAUGACACCACUCCACUGUGCAGCGAUAGGUGGGAACGCUGAGUGUUGCAACAUCAUUAUCUCUUACGCACCACAGCUAAUCAACGACAAAGACAACAAAGGAAACACGGCUGUGAUGCUGGCCACGAAAAGAGGCAACAUACAGAUCAUCAAGGCAUUGCUCAGUGUAGAUGAUGUUGAUGUAAAUCCCAUCAAUGAAGCAGGAGAAACACUGUUACACCUCGCAGCUCAAGUUUAUAACACAGAUGUAAUUCAAUUAAUUUUCGGAGUUGCAGGUAAAAAGAAACUGAUUGAAGAUAAACAAUGGGACUUCUUUACCCUUGAUUGUUACGCUGUAGGAAACAACUUAGACCUCGAUGAUCUCAAUAUGAAAGAUGAACCACAAGAAAAAACAGAAGAAAAAAGUGACAAAAUUUCAUUUAAUGUUGACAUCAAAACUCAGUCAGGGGAUACUCCAUUAAUGUAUGCAUGCGCAUCAGGAAGCUUACAAUGCUUUAAUCUACUUGUCCAAAAGGGAGCAAGUCUCUACGAAAUGAAUGAAAAGUUGCAAACAAUUCUUCAUUUAAGUGUUCUUUCAAAAGACUUAGAAAUGGUUAAGAAUGUCUGCAAAUACAACGUUGUAGAUGUCAACAGACAAGAUGUUGAUGGAAACACUGCUCUUUUAAUUGCUCUCAAACAGAAUUCCCCUCAAAUUUGUCAAUAUCUCAUUUCUAUUUCGAAUUUGGAUCCAAACAUUCCUGAUAAAGAAUUGGACGCUCCAAUUCAUGUUUGUGCACGCUUAGGUUUGACAUCAAUUGCUGAAUGCUUGAUAAAGAACGAAAAGACGGAUUUGAAUGCAGUAAAUAACAAAAAUUGCACCGCUUUGUUCUUGGCAACUAAAGGUGGUUUUCCUGAUGUUGCUUUGCUUUUACUUCAACAAUCAAAAGUUAAUGAGAAAAUCGCCGAUAACGAAGGUUCUACACCUCUUCAUGCUGCUGCAAGAUUCAAUCAACCAACUAUAGCAAAAGAAUUGCUUGUUGAAUCAAGAGACGUAGAUGUAAAUGCACGAGAUGUUGAUGGUUGGACUCCUUUGCAUUAUGCAUCAAGAAAUGCUCAUUUAGAGAUAGUAGAAAUGAUUGCGAAAUCAUCUAAGGCUGAUGUGAAUGCACAGGAUAAAAGAGGAAAGACACCUCUUUAUUUCGCGAUGAACCAAGAUGUAAGAAAAGUUCUUAUGGAGCAUGGCGCGUUCUCUGAUCAGAACUAG